AUGGAGGCCUACCCUUACAACAGGAGAAAUAAUCUCUCCUCCAAAUCUCAGCUCAACGAUUUUCGCAACCAGGUCUCCGUCCUGAAAAAGGGCCAGUCUGACAGAGAUGGCCCACCCCCUGUGCCGACAGACUCGACUCUGCCCUCACCUACAAUGGUGUACAGGCAUACCUCCAACGCAAAUGAUACCGUGCGUCAUCGCCGGCCCCGGCUAGAAGCACGCAGGCCCCGAGAAUCGGUGCCAACAGUUACGGUUAUUAACGAAAUAAGUGAGCCGACCAAUCGAGAAGGACUGGGAUUCAAUGACAGACGGCGAGACCCGGAUCUUUGGCUGGAAGAAGAAAUCGAGCUGCCGGAGAGGGUGCCCGCACGCCGCAGAAACACAUUACGGGACGAAGAGACGACACCACGGAGGCAGAGUGAUAUACGAACGACCGAAGCAGAAUGGUACGAGGAAAAUAUCGGCGAACGGCUGAGGAGACUGGAACGAUUUGAAAAAGCUAAGCAUGAAGCAACCGCAGCAAGAGGGUUUCACACAAUAAUGGAAGACAAGAAGCAAAGGGGCCAAGCAUGGCAUAAAGAUGAUAUAGAAGAACGGGAGAAGAUCAAGCAAGAGAUCAGAGACGAGGAGGCGCGGCGAGUGUUCGACGAACAGAAACGUCGAGAGCAUGAGGCGGCUAUUCGCUAUGCAGCUGUGGAAGAUUACAAAACGCUCGAAAAGCAACGGCGUGAUGAUGAGGAGCAGCAGAGAAAGCAGAUUGAGAGGGAGAUUCGGGCCCAGAUCGAGGUAGAGCUUGGUCAGUCUUUGGAGCAGGUCAAAGCAAUUAUCUACAAAGCAAAGGCAGAAAAGUCCAACGGCGCCGAGGAGAGACUCAUGUAG